AUUCGGCAAAUUCAAUCGGCUAUUAUGACCGAAUAAAUCGAUUCGUGUCUAAAUGGAAUAAAAAAUCUAAAUGCAUGAGAAUUGAUUUCAUGUGGUGGAUGUUGUUUGGAUUUUCCAUUCUUUCAAAUUACCAAUUAUUAUCAAUCCCGAAUUUAUUACUAUUACUAUUUUUUGGGGAUUUCCAAUCAUCGAUCAUCAUGAAUCGAUUAAUAAAAUCAUUUCAUUUAAAUCAUCAUAAGCAAAUUAUUCGCUUAUUGAAUCAACAUUAUUAUCCAUCAACAACAAUGUUGCAACGAUUUUCAUCCAUAACGGUGAUAGAUAAUGGAAAAUUUCCCUGCCAAUUAAUAAAUAGAUAUAAAUCAUUGAAUACUAAUAUAUCACAAAUACGUGGAAUGAAAUUGUGGAAUGAAAAAUUAUUGCGUAAAAUGUAUUGGCGAAAACGUAGUUUCGAUGCACAAAAAGAACGAUUACGUGCCCGUUCUGAAUGGCAAGAUUGGGAUUAUGCAUCCGAACUUUAUGCAUUUGCACAUCGAUUACAAGAACCUGAAUUGAGCAAUAAUAAUAUUUUGGUACGUGCAUUUACACAUCGAUCAUAUGUUAGUGAACAACGGGCCAAACAAGAGUCUUUAGGAGUACAAGAUGUGCAAGAAUAUCUUGAAGAUAAUAGUGAACUUAUUGAUUUGGGUCGUCAAUUUAUGGAAAAAUUCCUAUCACAAUAUAUUCGCUAUCAUCUUCAGCAAGCACCAGAAGAAUGUAUACAAUCACUAGUCCAAUAUCUAAUGUCAACAUCAGUUUUGGAUGACAUUUCUAAAUGGAUAGGCUGUAUUGAUCUAGUGUUAUGUUCGGAAUUUCCACCAAACAAACAAACAUUGGCCGAUACAGUUUCAAGUAUUGUUGGUGCAUUGGUCGAAAUUCGAGGUGAACAAAAUGCCAAAAAUUUUGUCAUAGAUUUCAUUUGCACUUAUUUGAAUGGCCGUGAUCCGUUGGAAAUAUGGCGUAUUGAUCAAAUGGAUUUGAAUCUUGAUAUUUUUCUUCGUGAUCAUGUUCAUGGCCAUCAAUCGGAUUCGAAUUGUGAACCACGAAUAUUACGACAAAGUGCCGUCGAUACAAUCGAAUCCUGUUAUGUGGUGGGAAUUUAUUCAAAUCAAAAAUUAUUAGGCCAAUCAGCUGGUGAAUCAUUGCCAAUUGCAAAACGUAUGGCUGAAUUGGAUGCUUUUCGGCGAAUUUUCGGACUAACCACAGCCAACGUUCGAUUUGAAUUUGGACCACGUGCUUAUGAUCUAGCAUAUGAUAAAUAUGAACGAGAAAAUUUUCAUUUAUUUGAAUCAUCAUCAUCAUUACCUAAACAAGAAGAGAAGCAAUCACAAAGACAGACUUCUUCGUAAUUGAAAAAUUUUCGCCAUUAGAAAUCAAUUAUAAAUUGUAAAUACCGAAUUCAUUUUAAUAAUGAAAUACAAAAAAAAAUGAAAAAUGUAUACCGAGUGUGAAUGAGUUUUAUAAUAUAAUAAAUUAGAUUACAAAGAAAAAAA